AUGCUAUUAUUAUCGAUCUUAUACUCCAUAUGCCAUCAAACAGUUCGAGCGCAACAAGUUAACGUGACAAUAUUCACGGAAUCAAAAUGUAAAUAUUGUACAAAAUUAUUGCGUGAGCAAAUUUGGCCAUUUUAUGUGGAACGACCUGGUAUAAUGAAUAUACAGAUAAUACCAUUUGGUAAAGGUUAUUGUGAUCAUUUUUCCAAUCAAACAUUUUUUUGUCACUGUCAACAUGAGCAAGAUGAAUGUGAUUUGAAUAGAUUGCAAAAUUGCGCUAUUGCUUUCUUUCCUCGGCACUACUUAGGCCUAGUAACGUGCGUUCAAGGCCUGUCUAAUAUUUAUGAAGCAUUUUCACGAUGCUUAACAGGCCUUACAGAAUAUACUCAAUAUCGAUUAAUUGAAUGUGCCACAACACAAACUGGCGAGACGCUGAAUUAUUAUUCAAUGUUGAAUACUCAUCGAGCAGGAAUUAAAUUAUGGCCAGCAAUGUUUGUAAAUGGUGAAUACUUCGAGCGUAAUUAUCCGUCCGAAAUUGAGAUAUGCAGGCAUACAACAUGGUGUUAA